GCGGAGGCGGAGGCGGAGGCGGAGGGCACGGGGGGGGUCGCAGGCUGGGGUCGUCGCCAUGUCGCACCCGAUGAUGAUACACCCGCGCAAAGGGACUGUUUUGAUGCCAGGAGGUGGCGGAUCACCGACGAUCCUCUUGGCUAAACCGUUGGCUGCUUCUUCAAGGGGAGAUGGGAUGGGUCAGUCAGCACCGUCUGUCAAAAUUAUGCGAGAUGAAAGCCAGGUUAAAGGGAAGCAAUCAUCGGUUGGGAGUUUGAAACUCGUCAACGAGAAUUGGGAGUUUGUGGGAGAGAGAGUGGAACCCCUUCUCUUCGACGGGAACAUAGAUUACACUGUGGUUGGGGUAUUGGGUUCUCCGGGUUGCGGCAAGUCGACGAUCAUGAAUGAGAUCUACGGCAUGACGACGACGCUGGCCGCUGCAGGAGGAGGAGGAGGGGGAGGGGGGGGAGGGGGCGUAGGUGUAGGUGUAGGUGUCCCCCCAUUUGCUGUGCAAUCGGAAGAGAAUCGACUGAUGGCGAGACACUGCUCUGCGGGAGUCGAACUCAGGAUCUCCACGGAGCGAAUGAUUCUGCUCGAUACUCAACCUAUUUUUAGUCCCUCUCUCCUGUCGGACAUUGUGCGACCAGACGGCUCCUCCUCGCUGUCCCCCUUAGGAAGUGAACUUGCUCUUUCUGCUGAGCUCUGUGCCGAGAUGCUGGGAAUUCAGCUUGCAGUCUAUCUCUUCUCGAUUUGUCAUAUUGUCCUCUUGGUCACCGAAGGAUCUGGAAACAUGUCCAUGUGGCAAAUGGCGCAGAGAAUCUUCAUGCUGAAGCAAGGAAUCCCUGACCCUUCCCUCGUGCCCUCCGCUUCCCCGCCCUCUGGCACCUCAAACACGUUUCCACAGCAGUCCCAGACUAAUUCCCAAGGCGAUGGGGGAACUUUGCCGCCGCCAGCGACGGCAAGUGCAGCCUCCACCGAAGGGGACAUAGAGAAGAGAGCAGCGAGGAAUGAGGUAACUCCCACUGUCGUCGAGUAUUCCGCAAACCUUAUUUUUGUACAUAACAAGCUACGGGGGGAGGAGUGUUCUUGGAGGGCGAUGUCCAGACUGGGCAGAUCGCUCUCUGCUUUCAUGACCUCCGCCGAUUCUUCAAUCUCCUCCCUGACACAUUCUCUCUCGCCGCAGAGUGCAAAGGAGGGCACUUCAGGUUGCUAUCUGUUUAUGCCAUUGAACGCAGGGCACUUGACAUCGGCUGAUGGGUCCUGGGAACGAGAGGCGCUGAAGGGGAAGAAGGGGGUGCAGAAAAAGGGGGCGAACGGGAGAUUGAGAAUGGAGGGAGCAGAGGUGAAGGAGGAUCGUAGAUCGGUCCUUCUCAGGGGUGAAAGGAACGUGGUAAAGGGGGAUAACAUUGCCCCCGGGCCAGAGGGGGGAGCCGUCCAGGAGAGAGACGUUUGGCUGGGAGGAGCGGCAGGGUGCAAAGGAGGGGCUAUGACCCGAAAGCGGGUACCUAAUUACUUCGCCAUCCCCUUCAAGCUUGGGGAUGGACAACAACAACAACAACAACAACAACAACAACAACAGCAGCAGCAGCAGCAGCAGCAACAACAGCAGCAGCAGCAGCAGCAACAGCAGCAACAGCAGCAGCAGCAGCAGCAACAGCAUACGUCCAACACACUGCAGAUGAACCUACGACAGAGUGAAAGUUAUGCAGUGAUGAUGCAGGGGCUGCGGAAUGAAAUCCUUCAUUUUCCACGGCGGUCGUUUGCGAACCCAAUGUCAGAGAGAGACUGGUUAUGGAGUGCAAAGCGCACAUGGGAUCUUGUCAGGAAGUCGCCGAUUAUCAUGGAGUAUGCCAAAAUGCUGCAGGCGUCAGGUCUCUACAGAAGAUGACUUGGGAGGAGCUGUGGCUACUCUCUGUAGCUUGCUGCGACGGGCUACGUACUGUAAUAGCUUCUCGCUCUUUUUUUUUGUUUGUUUGACUCGCUCUUGUAUAGAUCCGGCGACGAUCUUGACCAGAUGCUGGAAGGCAGAAAGGUGCGCUUACCACAGUGGUGUUAGUGGUGUUUUGUCGUUUUGUGGCGCGUUCCAUUUCCGGCAAGUGAAGACAAAGUUCGAAGGAGUGGGGAGGGUGAGCCGGCGGUCGUGGAAGGGGGUACCGUGUUCGGAAACAGCGCGGAGCGGUUGCGCAGAUAGCGCGUGUCAUGCGAUGGAUCAAGGCAUUUGACAGUAACGUCGGAGUCGAACGCUG